AUUUGCUAGGCGGCGAUGGCGGCUGGGAAUGGGGGCAGCUGCCUGGAUUCGCUGGGUCCCGGAGAGCUUUUGUCGGCGGCUCACGCGCUUUCCCUGCCAGCCGAGGCCUAUGGCAACGAUCCCAAUAUUGAGAUGGUUUGGGCCAUGAAGGCUAUGCAGCAUGCUGAGGUUUAUUACAAUUUGAUUUCUUCAGUUGACCCCUUGUUCUUAAGACUCACUAAAGUGGAUGACCAGAUCUAUUCAGAGUUCCGGGAGAACUUUGGGAAACUCAAGAUAGAUGUGUUGGACCCUGAAGAGCUCAAAUCAGAACCAGCUAAAGAAAAGUGGAGACCUUUUUGCAUGAAGUUCAAUGGUAUUGUGGAAGAUUACAACUAUGGUACAUUGCUGCGACUGGACUGUACUCAAGGGUAUAGUGAAGAAAACACUAUCUUUGCUACUAGGAUACAGUUUUUUGCUAUUGAAAUAGCUCGGAACCGGGAAGGUUAUAAUAGAGCUGUUUACAAUAGUGCUCAGCAGAAUGGAGCAGCAGAAAAAGACAGUCUCACGUCCAGGUAAAGAAUGUAGGAGCUACUGGCAUUUCAGAUCACUGAAUCUAAUGUCCAAGAGUACUUGCAGGAACCUUUGUGGAUUAAAAAGGGAUCAUCAUUUGGCAUCUGCUCCAUGUGGUUUCCUGAUUCGGACCAUCAGAGGUGUCGAUCAAACUUUUCAAGGAACAAUCAAUAAAAAAUGUGAUCUUGUGACAAGUAUGGAUACUUAAGAAAGUAUACAAAAAUAUAAGACAUUUGUUGGGUGUUUAUGACCUUUGUAUGGGAAUUUUUUUAUAAAAAGGACUUUAUAUUUUGCCCUUCCUGGAUCUUUCUCAAUGUUCUCAGAAGAGUUCCUGAAAUGUACAGGUUCAUGAAUUGCUCUUAACUCUAGGGCAAUUAUCUUAACAGCUGUCAACUUUGCUAUCAUCUCUUGUACAUUUGUGGAUUAACAUAAUUUUUAUACUUCCUGUACCAUUUAGAAAUAGGUUUGGAUACAAUGGUAUGCCAACUGUUGGCAUUAUACUAUUCAUAUGCCAUGGCUAGAACACUUAAAACAACUGGUUGAGAAUAAAUUCAGUAGAAACCA